GUAGGAGUUGAAGGAAAUGAGAGAGCUGACCAGGUGGCAAAGCGGGCAGCUAAUAAGCCUCCAGGAAAAGGCUCAAGAGAGAUCUCUCUGGCCUUUGCUUGUAGAGCCCGAACAGAAGCCAUUACAACACAAAAGCAGAGAUGGCUCACUAAGGAGCUUGGACAGCGGUCCCAACAAGGUCAACGAUAUACAGGCCACAGAAGAACUGGCGGCUCGACCCGGCAGCUGCAAUGGCUCCCAAGCACCUAGAAAGCCGCUAUUUUCAACUGAAGUCAGGACAUGCAGCUAUAGAGCAUACCUACAUCGGAUCCGGGUCCAGAAGGAUGCAACCUGUGAAGGAUGUGGUAUAUCAAGGGAGACAACACACCAUCUUCUCUUUGAAUGUCGGGAAUGGCGACACCAACGAAACAGGCUCUACAAAGACCUAGAGACAGACGGAGUCAUGAGACCCACUACCGCAGAAGAAUAUCCACAAGGACGACUUCUAGGAGAGGCCAAAGCUACAAAAGCAUUGCUACAAUUCCUAGCCAGCAUCAAUAUAGCUCUACCCAGGGCGCACCUACAACGGAUGGCGGAAAGGGCCCGUAGAGAUGACGAAUGGGGACUGGAAGCAUUGGAGAAGGCAGUUAGAAUAGAAGAGGGUUAGCAGGGAGGGUAGCCUAAGCUGAGAGUCAGCCUAGGC